AUGGUCACGAUCAGGACCAUUAUCAGCAUAGCUGCUGCCAAGGGCUGGCUUUUAUAUCAAAUGGAUGUUAGCAAUGCCUUCCUCCAAGAAGGUCUCUAUGAGGAGGUUUAUAUGCAGUUGCCUCAGGGAUUUCAUAAACAGGGGGAGUUGAAAUAUGCUCUGGAGUUAAUUUCAGAAGCAGGCUUAAGUGGUGCAAAGCCAGUUGCAACUCCUAUAAAGUUUAAUCAAAAAUUGACAACUGUGGAGUAUGAUACAUGUGUUGGAAAGACAGGAGAUUCAGAGUUAAAGGAUAAUUCAGCAUAUCAAAAAUUGAUAGAGAGGCUGUUAUACCUAACUAUCACCAAGUCUGACAUAAGUUUUGCAGUUCAAACUUUGAGUCAAUUAUUGCAAAAGCCCAAACAGUCGCACAUGAAGGCAACAUUGAGAGUGGUGAGUUAUAUCAAAGGAGCACCAGGCCUGGGGUUAUUUAUGGAAGCAGGAGCCAUUGAUCAUCUCAGCGCAUAUUGUGAUUCAGAUUGGGCAUCAUGCCUCAAUACAAGGAGAUCUGUGAUAGGUUAUGUUGUGAAACUAGGUAAUUCUUUGAUAUCAUGGAAAUCAAAGAAGCAACCUACAAUGAGCAGGAGCUCAGCAGAAGCUGAGUACAGAAGCAUGGCUGCUGCAACUGCAGAGAUCACAUGGUUAACAGGACUGUUGAAAGACUUGGGGAUCAAUGUGUCUAAACCUGUUUCUCUAUUCUGCAAUAACAAGGUAGCAAUACAAAUAGCUGGGAAUCCAAUAUUUCACGAGAGAACAAAGCAUAUCGAGAUAGACUGUCAUUUUGUAAGAGAGAAGAUCAAGACAGGGCUUAUACAUCCAUGUUAUGUUUCUUCUUCUUUGCAAUUAGCAGACCUUCUAAAUAGAGGAUUAAUUGUUGCACAAUAUUGUUUCUUAAUAUUCAAGCUUGCUGUAUUAGCCAUCUUCCACCCUCCAGCUUGA